AAAAUAUUUUUGAAAUAUUUUUUUUAGGACUAUUUACCUCGACAGCCUAGAUGGAGAGAGAGAUUUAACGUGACAAAACAUAAAAAUAUUUUUCUUUUUUUUAAAAAAGAAGUUAAUGCGACAAGUGAAGUUUUAAAUAUUAUACUAGAUAGGUAUAUUUCCCAAAAACGUUUGACUUAACAAGCAAGUUAAAUUUUAAAUAUUAUACUUUAUAGGUAUAUUGGCCAAUUGUGCUCUAAGGUUUACUUUGAGGCCUCAUUGAUCAGGUUUUUUUUUUUUUGGUAAAUUGUUUUGAUGGACAAUUGAUCAGGUUUUUUUAUUAUAAGGUCUUGAUUGAAUAAUAUAUCUCCCUUCCCUAUCCGUCAUUCUCCUAGGAGAAUCCUGGUCGGCCAGUUUUUUUAAUUUUAUUUCUUUUUGUCUGGUCAGUUGAUUAGCUUCAUCUGUCGUAGUACUGAUUUUAAAAUUGGAAUUAGUUUCAUCUUCUGAGUUCAAAGCAAUUUUUCUCAUUUUAUCUUUCACAACAGUGUUAUACAAUCCACAUAGCCAAUUCACUCAGCAAAAUAAGGCUUCUUGUUGGUGCAGCACAUCAUCUUCCCAUGCUUAAUUAUUCCCUCCCUCCCAACGCCUUCCAACGCAUUGGAAUGCAUCUUUGUUUUAAACAUUGUCAACAACAUUUUUGUAUCUUUUGCUGGCCUCAAACGGUGUUCUGUUCCGUAUGAGAGAUAUCACCGUCCGUUCCUGCUCCAUUUUAUAACUUAGCCCUGCUUCGGUUGCUCCAUUCUCAUCACAAACUUGCCUCGCCGUGCAUUGCUUGGUGGUCUCCUUCAAUGGGCUCUACCAGUGCCGUGCAUGUCUUCGUGACCUAUGGCACCGUUUAGGUUGGAUGUUGGUGAAGGCAAAGAAGUCAGUCUUGAGAAGUAUCCAAACCCUUUUUACUCUGCAACAGUGUACAACAACAACAACAACAACAACAAGCCUUUAUCCCACUAGAUGGGGUCGGCUACAUGGAUUGCAAGACGCCAUUGUGCUCUAUCGUUUAUCAAGCUUUUAGAAAUAUUAUUAAUUAAGAGAUCGCGUUCAACAACUUCCAAGAGUGUACUCUGCAACAGUGAUAUUGCUAUUGCUGAAUAGGCCCCACACACUUAAUAAGGCUUGGACUUGCUCUUAACUUCUCUACAUUCUAUUUUGAAAUCCUCAAUUCCCCAGAUCUUGCUUGUAAACUUGCUAAGCAGGCUGCAAGUUUCAAACUCGAGGAAGCCAUCCAGUUACUUCUGGUUUGUAAUGAAGGUGGGGGCAGGGUCACAUCUAUCAUCAUCACAUUAUCCUCCAACAAAAAAUGUUGAUUCUUGGACUGGUCACCCCUCAAGAUAGAUUUGGGCUCUUGGCAUUUUUGGGUUAUAGUUGGGCAUGAAGCGGAAGCCAUUUCCCUCGUGGAUGCUGCAUUUUCGCGCCAAACUGCAUCUCCGAGUUUGGGUUCUUUUUGGUAAAUUAUGAGGAAGCCAUACAUGAGGACAAUUGCUCCUCUAAGAGCUUCGCUAUCUCCAAGACCGCUCCUUCAGCCUGAAAACCUUACGGAUGCUUUUUCCGUCAAGACUGGCUUCAAUCCCAGCACGUGUCGUAUGAAUUUCCAGGUCAAGAACUCUAUCCAACGAGGGGAUUUAGGACUAGCCCGUAAGUUGUUUGAUAAAAUGCCUCAACAGAAUACCAUCUCCAAAAAUAUGAUGAUCAUGGGGUACAUAAGAGCUGGUAAUCUUUCUAGUGCCAGGCAGUUGUUUGAUUCAAUGACCGAACGUACGGCGGUUACCUGGACCAUCUUGAUCGGAGUAUUUGCUCAAAACAAUCAAGGUCACGAAGCUUUUAGUCUUUUUGCUGAGAUGUGUAGGUGGGGCACACACCCAGAUUAUAUCACCUUUGCCACUCUCCUGUCCGGAUUCAGUGAGUCUGACUCUGUAUGCCAUGUAAACCAAGUUCAUGCCCAUAUUAUUAAGCUGGGGUAUGAUUCAACCUUAAUGGUUUCCAACUCCUUGCUCGAUUCUUACUGUAAGACCCGUAGUCUUAGUUUAGCUUGUCACCUGUUCAAACAUAUGCCUGAUAAAGAUUCUGUCUCUUUCAAUGCAUUAUUGACAGGACUCUCAAAAGAUGGAAUGCAUCAAGAAGCAAUAAAUCUCUUUUUUGAAAUGCAGAAAUUGGGUUUUAGGCCUACAGAUUUUACUUUUGCCGCUAUUUUAUGCACAGGUGUGGCAUUGGAUCACAUGGUAUUUGGGCAGCAAGUUCAUGGCUUUGUAGUGAAGACAAGUUUUGUCUGGAAUGUGUUCGUGGCUAAUGCAUUACUUGAUUUCUACUCUAAGCAUGACUGUGUUUCUGAAGUGAAGAAACUUUUCGAUGAGAUGCCAGAACUGGAUGGCGUCUCUUACAAUGUACUCAUUACAUGUUAUGCUUGGAAUGGCCAACUCAUAGAAUCUUUUGAUCUUUUCCGGGCAUUACAGUAUACUAAAUUUGACCGCAGGCAAUUCCCAUUUUCAACCAUAUUGAGCAUCGCUGCAAAUACUCUAAACCUGGAAUUGGGCAGGCAAAUUCAUUCCCAAGUUAUUGUGACAGGUGCUGAUUCCGAAAUUAAGGUUGGAAAUGCUUUGGUUGACAUGUAUGCUAAGUGUGGCAAAUUUGACGAAGCAAAUGGGAUUUUUGCAAAUCUUACCCAUCAAAGUUCAGUUCCUUGGACAGCCUUGAUAUCAGCUUAUGUUCAGAAGGGACUCCAUGAAGAAGGCCUGACUCUAUUCUUUGAGAUGCAGAAGCGCAAAAUAGGUGCUGAUUCAGCCACUUAUGCUAGCAUCUUAAGAGCCUGUGCAAGCUUAGCCUCACUUUCACUGGGAAAGCAGUUACACUCGUACAUAAUCAGAUCCGGAUACAUUUCAAAUGUAUUCUCUGGAAGUGCACUGCUUGACAUGUAUGCAAAAUGUGGAUCCAUGAAAGAUGCGCUUCAUAUGUUUCAAGAGAUGCCUGUAAGGAAUUCCGUCUCUUGGAAUGCACUAAUUUCAGCUUAUGCACAAAAUGGAGACGGUGACCUUACUCUUAGAUCAUUUGAACAAAUGGUCCAUUCAGGUUUGCAACCAGAUUCAGUCGGCUUCCUUAGUGUUUUGUGUGCCUGCAGCCACUGUGGUCUGGUUGAAGAAGGAUUAAAAUAUUUCGACUCCAUGACUCAAACUUAUAAACUUGUUCCAAAAAGAGAACAUUACGCUUCAAUGGUUGAUAUGCUGUGUAGGAGUGGAAGGUUUAACCAAGCUGAGAGACUGAUCGCUCAGAUGCCCUUUGAACCUGAUGAAAUAAUGUGGUCAUCAAUUCUUAACGCAUGUAGAAUUCAUAAGAAUCAAGAGCUAGCAAAGAAAGCAUCAGACAAGCUAUUCAAUAUGAAAGUGCUUAGAAGCGCUGCUCCAUAUGUCAGCAUGUCCAAUAUCUAUGCAGAAGCUGGUGAAUGGGAUAGCGUAAGCGUGGUAAAGAAGGCUAUGAGAGAGCGAGGAGUUAGAAAAGUCCCAGCUUACAGCUGGGUAGAAGUUAAACAUAAAGUUCAUGUUUUCUUAGCCAAUGACAAGGCUCACCCAGAAAUGGAAGAGAUUAGGAAGAAGAUUGAUGAGCUGGCUGAGCAGAUGGAGAAAGAAGGGUACAAACCCGACCCAAGUUGUACCCUUCACGAUAUCGAUGAGGAACUCAAGAUAGAGUCUCUUAAAUAUCACAGUGAGCGUCUUGCCAUUGCGUUUGCACUUAUUAGCACGCCAGAAGGGACACCUAUCCUGGUGAUGAAGAACCUCCGAGCAUGUACUGACUGCCAUGCGGCCAUCAAGGUAAUCUCCAAAAUAGCUAAAAGGGAAAUCACAGUCAGGGAUUCAAGCAGAUUCCAUCAUUUUAGAAAUGGAUUUUGCUCUUGCGGGGAUUACUGGUAGUCUUUUUUUUUUUUUUUUUGGAGACAAUCUAAAUCCCUGACUUGAUUUCUCCUGUAAGAGCAAAAUGCAUGAUUUUUUGGUCAAUUAAAAAAAAAACCGUUACUUAGACCAAGUAACUUGAACCGACACUGAAAGCCAUAUUUCUUAGAAAUGAAGAUACUAUCGCUGAAAAUAUAAUGAUUUGGUGAGAAGAGAACAAUUAUAGUCGUGCUCCUGCUGCGUGUGUUCUUAGUCCUAAUUAGUAUUCAUUACAUAUUUGUGAUAGUAAUAUCGUGUAAUUCAAAUGAUCCACCCCAUUUAUUAGACUUCUUGUUUUUGUUGUAUAUGUCCUUUGUGCGUA